AUGUCUGCUGUCCAGGACCUCCUUGACCUUUCGCACCUCACGCUGAAGUGUCUGAACUUGGGGGCCAAGCUCACCGUGAUGUCGCACUUCCUUGGCUGCUUCUGGUUUUUCGUUUCGACUCACACAGACACCUCUGCCACACAAUGCGAGUCUGGCUUACUUGGCUAUGGUGAUCUGCAUCCAAGAAAUGAUGGAGAAAGGGCCACGAGCUCGUACAAGCGUCUUCACGUAACCAGCGCUUCAAGGGCACACAAAUCCCAGAAAAGGGGCCUUCAGUUGCCUGAGGUAUAUGCAAUUGUUGCGAUGAUCUUCGGUGCCACGAUGUUCGGCUAUAUUAUCGGGUCUAUCGCUGCUUUGGCCGGACAGGAGCGCGGUAUGGAGGCGCUCACAAAGAAGCGUUUGUCGCUGGUCCGCCACUUCUGCGAAGAGCAGCGCAUCAGCCAGAACAAGGUCAAAGAAGUGAUGCGGCACUACCAGUUCUUCUACCAAGAGCGCUCUCCAUUCAAUGAAACGACUCUGAUGAUGGAUCUUCCGAACUGGCUUAGGUGUCAGCGCACAUCCAUCGAGAGGAACUUUGCUCGGGCAGUCUACAGGCCGCUGUUGUUUCGGAAGGUCCACAGCAAACUGGACUUGAAAGUGGUCCAUUGCUUCCUGGCCGUGCAGCCAGGCCGUGCAGUUCCUUUGGGCGUAAUCGCGAGGCAGUUUGCGCUGGCGAGCUGGUCAUCAACGCAGAAGAAAGCUCUGUGGCCCGCCACCGAGCCAGAGUCUGCCCUCGUCUCCA